AUGGACGAGCUGCGCUUCCGAUCCCAGCAUUCACCACGGAACGAGACGCCCAUGACCUCCUUCGUCUCACCUCCCCGCAAUGGCCAUCGGCUGCCUCAACAAACGACCGGCGACCUGCGUUCACACAUGCCUCGACGCUUCACCGCCGAAUCGGGCCGUGUCCCAACCCUGACUUCCGUGACGUCGGUCUCCAUGGCAUCGCCAACGGCCCAGGAGUAUAACAUAGAGCAAAAAAAGAUAGAGUAUGAGAGAAUUCGGGAGCAGCGCCGGCACUUCGAGCUUGAGAUGCAGCGGUUGGAUCAGCAGCAGCGAAAGGAAGCACUCGAGCUGGCUCAGAUGGAGGAAGAGAUGGGCCGAAUUGCUGGUCAUCAGUCGGAGCCGACGACGCCCCCCGAAUAUCGCGACAACUCAGGCUUUCCCUCGAUGUUCUCGCGUCCCAACCGCUACUCAACUUCGAGCCUAGCCUCACCCCCCGGCUUGUUGAACAGACCGGCUCGGUCCGGCUCCCAGCUCAACUCUCCGCCCUCCGGCUUGGUUCAGCAUCGAUACGGGUUUGAUGAGCUAUUACCCUCUCGCUCCGUCCCGGCCACACGCCGGAAUAGCGAUGACGAAGAAAAGGAAGCGGCCGUUCGCCAGGAUCCUACUAGUCAUAGGUCGACCAACGCCCUGCACCGUUAUUCGAUGCCCGUGACUAAAACGCGGACUGGUUUGUACGACAUGAAUCUCGAUCAAACCAACACGACGCGCUUUCUCUUCGGCGACGAUGAACCAAACAACGUGCACCGAGGGCAGAUACUCGACGAUAACUUCCCCACUCUUGUGAGACGAGAAGACCCGAUGAGCCUAUCUUCAAUCAACGUCUCUUCCUCGGCUCAGGCUGGGGAUAUUUCCGGCAUUAGCAGCCGACCCGCGUCGCUCCGCCACUCUCUGGAUCUGAAAUACAUCUCGGAGAACGUAGCAGACGCGAGCGCCAAUUUGAUGAGCACCCAGAACAACCACAAUAUGACGACGACUCCGCCUCGACUGCAGAGCGCCUCCGCCUCCACUAACGAUGCGGCUGCGACGAAGAACCAGCCGGGCGCGUCGAUGAUGGCUUCUAAUGCGAACAAUCAUGCCCAGCAGCAUUUCCAUAAUCACAACGCCAGCAUUGGCCGCAUUCCUGCCGGCGCCGUGGCAGCCCGAGGCCACAGCCGCGACUUGUCCAACGACAAUGGCAUCAAUGGAGGCCGUGACCACCAAGGAAACGCCUACCCGUCCAUCCAGUCAGCCCUUCAGGCCAGCGCCGCACCGUUUGGCCCCAGCAUCACGACCGCUGCUCCCAUGACUCUACCGGCAAGUGUGCCUUCGCCAACGAACUCGGCUUCCGUGAACCAGUUUCAUGGCUACUACCCCGCCAAUGGCUAUGCCGCGACGGGAACAAACGGGGCGAGCAGCUUCGGAAUUCCCCUCCUCGCUGCCGGUAUGCAGCAGAUGAACAUCAACGGUGUCAAUGGCGGCAACAUGUACCCCCCUCAAAACUACACCGGAUAUGGCUCGAUGCCGUACAGCGGCCAGGGUGGUCAGGCCCGUGACAGCCAGGCCCGCGUGAUUCAGCAUCGUCGCCAGUUGGAUAAUGAAGCCAUGUCCCGCUAUCACAACAUGCCCUUGGAGUCAUUCCGUGGCCAAAUUUAUGAGCUCUGCAAGGACCAACACGGCUGCCGCUAUCUUCAGAAGAAGCUUGAGGAGCGAUCGCCUGACCAAGUCAACAUGAUCUGGCAGGAGACCAAUCAGCAUGUCAUGGAGCUUAUGAUGGAUCCGUUUGGUAAUUAUUUGUGCCAAAAGCUCCUCGAGUUUUGCAAUGACGAUGAGCGAACUGUCUUGAUCCAAAAUGCGUCCCAGGAUAUGGUCCGGAUUGCCCUCAACCAGCACGGAACCAGGGCGCUGCAGAAGAUGAUCGAAUUCGUCAACACGGGUCAGCAAGUUAGGCUCAUCAUCGAGGCUCUCCGCUUCCGAGUUGUUGAGCUCAUCCAAGACCUCAACGGCAACCACGUGAUCCAGAAGUGCCUCAACAAGCUCACGCCGACCGAUGCCCAGUUCAUCUUUGACGCCGUUGGCAAUCACUGCGUCGACGUGGGCACUCACCGACACGGCUGCUGCGUCCUCCAACGAUGCAUCGACCACGCGACUGGCCACCAGAAGCUGUGGCUCGUCGAGCGCAUUACGGCCCAUGCUCGAGUGCUCGUCCAGGACCCCUUCGGGAACUACGUCGUCCAGUACAUAAUCGACUUGAACGAGCCGACCUUCACCGAUCCCGUUGUGCAGUCGUUUAAGGGCUGCGUCGGUCAACUGUCCCGCCACAAAUUCAGCUCCAAUGUCAUUGAAAAGUGCUUGCGCUGCGCUGGCCCGGAGUCCAAGGACAUGAUCGUGGAAGAGCUGCUGGCUCCCCAGGAGAUUGAACGUCACCUGCGCGAUUCCUUUGGCAACUACGUCAUCCAGACUGCUCUCGAGUUCGCCACCCCGCACGAAAAGUAUCGCCUGGUCGAGUCGAUCCGUCCCCUCCUGCCGCAGAUCCGCAACACUCCGUACGGACGACGCAUCCAAGCCAAGAUUUCCAUGUACGACAAUCGAGGUAGCGCUGCCUCAAGCGGCCAGGCAACCCCUGCGGACAACACUCAGGGGCAGAUUCCCAUCCGGCCCAGCCAAGCUCGAGGCAUAGCCCCCAAUGCGUCGAUACUGCAGAACAACGCGAACGGGGGAAUGCCAGGAGCAGGCAACCAGAACGUGCGCCACAAUAUGCAGACAUAUCCCAGUAACGGAUUGGGGGCUACCCCCUCGCCACCCGGGCCCGGUCCUACUACUCAGCAGCAGCAGCUUGUCGUCCAACAGGGUCACUCUCAGCAGCCUCCCUUUACCCAAAUGGCACCGGUUAGCUUGAAUCCAACACAGCUUACCAACAGUUCCACGGACGCCAGCGAGCCGCGCUGGGUGUAA